AUGAGGUGGUAUAACGAUUUACCACCAGAGCUGCACCACAACAUCUAUGAGCGAUUGCCAAGCAAGAAGCUCCUUGAGAUGUUGGGAAUGUCCAGGCGUUACCGCGACAUAGCGGAGAAGGUCCUCUACAAGGAGCUCGUCUUCGAUCGAGAUCAUUAUUCUCGGAUUGGACGCCUUUUCCUCACCGUCGUCGGCCAACCGAAGCUAGCAAAAUUGAUCAGAAGCCUCACGAUCACAUACGAACCUGGCCAUCGCGUGGACAGCCUUGCCAAUGAUGCCUAUUACAAACGCUUCUGGAACGACAUCACCACUGUGAGAGACACGAUCGAAAACCUUAGCAAGGAUAUGGACAAUGAGUUUAUGCUGCGCUGGUUCGGUAGCGUCUACGCUGGUCAAGGCUUGCUAUACGGCACAGUACCUGUCUUCCCGUGGAUGGAAUCUUUGAGUAUAGAACCCGAACUAUGUUCGACCCUACGGGUCUUGGAGAUCAGCAAAGUUGAUGUUAGUCCAGCCGCCUUCGAACAGCUGCUUUCUUUACCAGAACUCAGUAAUGUCAAAGAGCUGAAGAUCAGCAAAGUGUUUGUUGGCUACGAGAGUUCAUGGCCCAAGGACUACGAUCUCCGACGCAUUAUCCAAGUUAUUGAAGGUCAUCUACUCAACCUAGAGGUUCUACACUGGUUUCAGCACGACUGGGAGAAAGAAAAUACUUCCACGAGAACUUUCGGCAGCUUCAAGGGUCUUUCCAAACUGCGAGAACUGAAGAUAGACGCCCAACUACUGGCAACUCAUGAUCAUAUUUACGAUCCAGAUGCAGAGGUGUUGGCUCUUACCCGCCCUGCUGAGUACCUACCCGACAGUCUUGAAGCUCUACACGUCUUGUGUUUGACCGCACAUGAUGCACGAAUCGACUUGGCUCUUCAGCUAGCACGUACAAUGAACCUUCGGAGUCUUGAGCUGUCGCUUAACUUGGAGGACUGGUAUACUUAUUGGCGUCGUGUCGCCGAUGAAGGCGCUCACGAGUUACGCAAGAGCAGGAGAAAGUUCUUUCGCGACACUGUGGCGGAUAUGACUGCAUCAGGCAUAAAAAUGCGUGUCUGGCGACAGGAGGGCAUGUGCCCAGAGAAGAUUCUCUUUGCUCCAGGAUAUCAGCGGCCAUGGCCCAUAUGGGUCGACGCUGAGAAAAGAUGCUGGAGUUACCGAGUUCUCGCUGCAUGGGGGGCGAAGCAGUAUAAGAGCCAUCUUUCGAAGUCAUAUAUCGCCCUUCGAGAUGAUGAUGAUGAUGAUGAAUGGCAAGACUAUGGGGGCGAUAGCAGUAACCAGGGAGACAGCGAUGUUGACGAGAGCGGGAACAUUGCAGGCUAG